CAACCAUAGGGGUUCAAGUCAUAGAGAGGAAAGGAAAUACUAACUAGGAAGAAGAAAUAAUCUUGAAACCAUCUCCUUCUCCUUGGAUUGUACCCUUCUCAUUGGUUCUUGGAUGAGUUCUUCCUUCCUUAGGUCCUCCAAGAAGUUUUAUCUCACAAAAGACAACCCAAAACCAUAUUUUUCACUAUAGGGUGGCUCUUGUUCGUCAAGUGCGAAAAAGUAUAUAUAGUGUUUCUGGUGCACAUCACGACCGUAGGGUGUGAUCUGAGGGUUGUUCACUAUUUCCAGGCAGUUACUCUUAAUGGAACAAUGAGUAUAAGGUAUGUCACGACCACUUCAAGAUCGUGACCUAGGCCGUGACCAUGAGUCUCACUAUCUUAAAAGUUCUCAAUGAGGUUAAUUGUAUCUUUAUAUAUAAAAAUCCUACCUGACGAGUGGAAUAAAGAAAGCUUUCAUAACAAAUAAAGUGGGGGGUAAGUUUGUCAACGUGUGAGACAAUCACUUAUUGCACAUGAGAGAAUAGGAAAUGUUCAAUUGAGCAUCAGUUCGACACCAUACAAUGUUGCUUAUCCAGUACAAUCCCCCAUCGAGUGAAGUGCCAUUUGAGGAUUGUGCUUAUAGGGCACAAAUAAAUGUUUGACACCCCUCUAUAACUUUGACAAUGGAUAGAGAAUACGGAGUUAAAUGAAGCCCUUAUGUCGGUGCUAACACAUAGAAAUUGAUCUUGCUUGAUUACAGUAAAAAUGUACGGAGUUACAAAGAACAACUCCACUUGUGAUAAAACAAUGCAAAAUUCGACAUGAAACUCUAAAGAGAGAAUAAUAACUCUCAUUGUCAAACAAAGGUAGAGAUGUGUUUAAAAGUAAACCAAUGUUUGUGAAAAGCUUCACCCUGUACGUGUUUUAGACUCUCAAGCUUAGUUAAUUGCUCAUGUUGGGUGGAGGUUGGCCGGAUUGUCCUUACAAGAUAUGUAACUCAGUGACAAGGUUUAGUUCUCUAACUACGCGGAUUGACGUUGUAAGCUAGUUAAGAUCUACUAGCUACGAUCGAAAGUUAUGUGUCAUCAUAGUGAGAUGUAUGAUUUUGAGUUUGAUUUGCUUGGGGAAAAGAAAAGUUCAAGUGUGGAGUUAUUUGACGAUAGUAAAUCAUAGGGUAAUGUCUAUUUUUUAUCCAAACCUAUUUCAAAUUCUUUUAUAUUAUCCAAACCUAUCAAAAUACUAAGAAUUAUCCAAAUAUUGACUUUCAAUUAGCAGUUUUGUUAGUAAUAUUGACUUGGCAACAUGCUACUGACUUGGAAGAGACACAUGAAGGUCAACAUUCCAAAAUUUUAGUAUUUUAACUAAGAAAAAAGUUAUAAAAUUAUUAACAAUAACGUCAAAAAGGCUAAUAUUUUGAUGCAUUACAAAAGAUUUGGCUAAUUAAUAGCAUUUUAAUAGGAUCGGAUAAUAUAAAAUGAUCUUAAAAAGGUGUGGAUAAAAAUAGACAUUACCCUAAAUUAUACUAAUUAGACUAUAUUUUAUGGCAUGUUUCACAUUGUUUUCAUAUAUUUAUUGUCAUAAUAGGUUGGAAUUGCUUGAUUAUUUCUCUAGUGGGUGUUUAGUACUAGGGCUACUUUUACUGUUUUGAUGCCCUUUGGAUAGUAUUUUAUGUGUUUAUAUGCCAAACUAUCUUUGCGGACCACCUUGUACGAGUGGGAGAUAUCAAGGCCCAACUGCUAGAAGUAAAAAAAAAAAAACAAAUGAAGAUUGGAGCCCAAGCCCAAAAUGACAUAAGAUUUAGUCGACCAUAGCUCAAAAUGGCAUGCGUUCGCUAUUUCUUAGAGGACCCAGGUCAAACCAUUAUUGUGUGAAUGUCCUUAACUUGGUGGCUUCGUUUGAGAUAUGCUAGAGAGAUAGAGCAAGAAGACUUUCACUUGUACUUUUAUAUCUUAGAAGAUCCGAUGGAAGAAGCUAUAAAUAGACCUUCCUAGCCAACAUUCGAGGAACAAGUCAUACAAGGGAGUUACCAUACCAACAGAGCAACUCACAAGUCCAAAAGCGAUGACUAGGCUCGAGGGUAGAAUGACAGCACAAAUGGUGCCCUAGGCGCCAUUUUAGUGUUAUUGCUGCCAUUUUUAGCGUCUUUGAGAAUGCCAUCUUUAGACUGAUGUUAUCCUUAGAUUUUGUCCCCAUGAGUUGCUAGUUUGUUAGUUGUAUAAAUUUGUGAACCAUAGAGGUUAUUUAGACGAUGUAAAGUUUGAUUCUUGAUUAUAUAUAUCGUGUUUAUUUGAACCCUCCUUAUUAUGUUUAUUGCAUUAAGAAUUUUAUUGUACACAUGAAUAUAGCACACCGAAUGCAAUACACGUGUGGUCGCAACCUUUUUGCUACGUGACAUAUGCAAACUGUAUUGUUGGAAACCCACGUGUCUUUCUAGCAUGGAACCCAUGAGAGAACCUCAGUAGGAACAUAGCAAUCAAAAUCGAGAUUUUAUCUAAUAUCGAAAAUGUGGGUAAAAUCGAAUUGUAAAAUUGUUGGAUUUUAAGGUCCAUAUAACAUUGACAAAAUAAUAAUAAUAAUAAUAAUAAUAAUAAAUCACGAAUAACACAAAAACACAUUACACUUGCAAUGAUAAUUUCUCAAGGUUAAUGUUCCAAUUUAUCAAAGUUAAUGUUGGAAAAUGGUGAAUCGAUGAUGAUUAAUAUGCUGAUGUGAAUUGAUGAUGAUCGAUGGUGGUUAGCAUGAGAGAAAUAUAUUAUGUUGGUGGAGGAGAAGGAAAAGAGACGUAAUUUUGAAAAUUUUGGGGAAAAUAAGUAAAAUGAUCAAAAGAUUUGAGUCGUAAAAUUGUAAGAUUUUCAAGAUUUUAAGGAUUUAAAUAAUGAAUAGUGUAUGAUUUUAAGGUCGAUAGAUUUUAUAGUGAAAUCAGGAUUGGAACAUGUAAGUAAAUCAUAAAAUCAUCGAAUUUUAGGAUUUAAAUUGGUAUUUUGACGGCUUUGAGUAGGAAGAUGACAACAUAUAGAAUCAUGGUGAGUGGAGAAAUCUGUUGUGGAUUCCCUCAACCACGUAUGUACAUGCCAGUUUUCUUAUCGAAGUGACACUAAGGAAACUUGACGAGGAGCAUGGAUAUGCAACACUUUUCCUUCUACUUUCCCCUCGUCCAGUAGUUAGAUUCAUUUUGUUUCCCUUUGUGUUCAUAUACAAAAUAAUAUGGAAUCUUAACCUUGGAGACACAUCAAUCUCCAUGAUUUGUUUUAAAACCCCAAAGUAGGUUCUACCUAACUGAGUAAGAAAACGUGAGACUAAGGAAUGACGAUCCUGAUUACCUACCAGAUAAAUUCGACCCCCCUGUUCUACAUCUGAUCAUGUGUUGUAAUGCAAUUUAGAGAGGAGGAUCUGUGGAAUCUAGAGUCCAUCAAUUAUCGUACUAACCUUAUUUUAGAACCAUAGGGUCAACCUUGUUUUAACACUCCCCCCACUAUGGGAUUGAGAGGUACUUUUCGUCGCCUUAAAGAAUAAUGUUAAUAGAUGAGUAUGAGGUACUUAGCAGUCAAAAGGUGAACUUGGGAAAGUCUGUUGUCUGUUUUAGUGCUAACAUCCUAAUUGAGGAGAGGGUGGCGAUGGCUUCCAACUUUCAAGUUGGGUGUAGGGCGGUUGGGGUACACGAUAAGUAUCUCGGCUUACCAUCUCUGAUAGCCAGAUCAAAGUCUGAUACUUUUAGGUUUUUAGAGGAAAGGCUCCUCCAGAGGCUAUAGAGCUGGAAGCAACGCCAUUUCUCCUGGGAGACAAAAGAAACUCUCCUUAAGGCAGCGGCAACAACUUUACUGAUACAUGCUAUGGCUUGUUUUAAGAUACCAGUUACUUUGUGUAGGCUUCUGGAUAAGCACAUGGCUAGAAUCUGGUGAGGGUUUGUGGUUGGGAGGCUAGAGAGUCAUUAGAUGCCUAGAAAAGGCUUCGCCGUUUCAAGCACGAGGGGGUUGGGGUUUCCGAAGAUUGUUGUUCAAUCCGGGUCUUCUCGUGAAGGCGGCUUGGUGUAUUCAUUCGAUUCCGAGUCGUUACUAGUGCAGAUUUAGAGGGGUAAGUAUUUCCCAAAUGGCUUUAUUUUUACGGCCACUGCCCGAUCAAAACCUUCAUGGGGGUUGGCAGGGUGUGGUGUGCUUCAUGGAUGUCAACUUCUAAGACAACGAAUGGUGCGACAGGCUGGAUUCCAUCAGUUAUGCUUGGGGCUCCAUUAAUGGGAGAUGAAAUGGUGGCAAAGUUGAUUGAUUCCAAAAGAGGAGUGUGUGGAGUUCUUACAAUCAAUGUUUUGUCCGACUAUAGUGAGAGCCAUCUUGGCCAUUGCUUUCUCGUGUAUAUCAAUGUUGGAUCAACUAAUUUGGCGCGAGGACACGUAAGGGUUUAUACAGUGAAGUCUGGCUACAAGCUUGCUGAACGGUUGUCCCAUUUAGUGGGUAGAUGGAAAUUGGAAUCUUGAUCGGUGGAUUGAUAACUCUAGAUUAAGGUUUGGAACAUGUCGAUUCAACCAAAGCUUAAGUUCUUUGUGUGGGAACUUCUGCAGAGGCUUUUGUCGAUGAUGGAGGCUUUGCGUGAUAUAAAAGUGUCUGUCCUUGCCCGAUGCCCAGUAUGUUGGGCAGAGGAAGAGAGUACAUAACAUCUAUUUUUGCAUUGCCCAGUGGCAAGAGUCUUGUGGGAGUCUGUCGAAUUUUUAGCUGAGGUAGAUAUGUUGUCUUGGAGUGCUUUCAUAUUUUUUUUUCAAAGAUUCCUAGAGCGGGACUCCUCCAUGUCUCGUGUGGUGCGGUUAUUAUCCUCAUAUAGAGGGUUUGGAAGGCGAGAAACCAGGUGGUUUUUUAGGGCAAAUAGGUAAUCCCUCGCAUUUUGAGGCAACAUUUCAUGUUUCAAGUGGAGGAAUGGUUGCAGGUCCCAGUGAGGACAGGGGUAGUAGAGACUGUUGGAAAUGGUCUUUCGGGGGCAGGAAACUAGGUUGAUGACAAAGAUCCGAAAAUGGGUGUGGUGUGCUCCUUUGACGGAGUAGUGUGUGUAGGAUCCCAUGGGGUGGGUGGUCUAGUUUUGCGGGUGGUGUCUGAAGAUAUAGUUGCUUCUAGUGGGAUGACAUACAAUGGUCUUCAAAAGACAAUGCUAGUAGAGCUUUCGGCGCGACGCGAUGGAGUCAAGUGGUGCCAGCUUCAGGGUGGAGUUUGUACGAAUUGAAGGUGAUGCGAAAACCAUCAUUGAGAAGGUGAAGGCUAGAUCAAUCCAGGAUGCGGUUGGUGGUGCUCUUCUUGAAGAAAUCCAACAGCUUCUUUCAGCUACUCUAGAAUUCCGGCUUCAGUUUGUGGGUAGACAGUACAAUACGGCAGGCCAUAUGGUGGCUAGAAAGACCUUGUCUUUGUUUCCUACGGGUUGUAAUAAUUUGAUUUCCGAUUGUGGGUGUGGUCGGAAAAUGAGAUGGUUGAACUUUGUGUUCUUGUUAAUGCAAGCAAUCUUUUCGUUGAAAAUAAAGAGUUUGCUUUGGAAUAUGUUAUAGUUGGGUCUAUUUAGAAAGAGUAUUGUAAUACUCGUAGGUUUUUAGAGAGAAACCUUGAAAUCAAGUAGUUUAUUGACAUAAAUUAGAUAAAAAUUGAGUUGCUUGGAUGUAAGUGAAGAGGGAUCUCCCUAUCGGCUUGCAACAACUUUCAUUAGGGGCGCUAAUCAGUUUCAGUUAGUAGUUAAUCAUUAAGUAAAAAAAUACUUACCGAUAGUCAAACCACUUAUCCUUUGUGGUAGUAACUAUCAGUUACCAAUUAGCUUACCAAGUAACAAUUAAACCAAUAACAGACUCCACAUAUUACAUGUAACAUAUUUUUUGUUUCCUUGUUAACAAUAAAGUAUAAUCAUACAA